GGCCUGGGCGCGGGGCGGGGCCUGGGCGCAGAGCCGGCGGCCGCGACCGGCAGGAGGAGAAAGAACAUGGCGGGUGCGGCGGCACCCGGGACCGGCCUGGGGGCUGCGGGCGGAGAUGGAGACGAUUCGCUCUACCCGAUCGCGGUUUUAAUCGACGAGCUCCGCAACGAGGACGUGCAGCUCCGUCUCAACAGUAUUAAGAAGUUAUCGACAAUUGCUCUAGCACUUGGAGUAGAAAGGACACGAACCGAACUGCUGCCGUUCCUUACAGAUACCAUUUAUGAUGAAGAUGAAGUACUUUUAGCCCUUGCUGAACAGCUGGGAAAUUUCACAGGCCUGGUGGGAGGUCCUGACUUUGCCCACUGUCUGCUGCCUCCUUUGGAAAGCCUGGCAACUGUGGAAGAGACUGUUGUUCGUGAUAGGGCUGUGGAGUCCCUGAGACAGAUCUCCCAGGAGCAUACUCCUGUUGCUCUGGAAGUUCAUUUUGUACCUCUGGUGAAACGCCUAGCCAGUGGCGAUUGGUUCACCUCUCGAACAUCUGCAUGUGGUUUGUUCAGCGUUUGCUAUCCCAGGGCUUCAAAUGCUGUCAAGGAAGAAAUUAGACAGCACUUCCGUUCUUUGUGCUCAGAUGACACACCAAUGGUACGACGUGCUGCUGCUUCCAAGUUGGGUGAAUUUGCAAAAGUUUUGGAAUUAGACAGUGUGAAAAGUGAAAUUGUUCCAUUGUUCACGAAUCUAGCUUCAGAUGAACAGGAUUCAGUACGACUUCUAGCUGUGGAAGCUUGUGUCAGUAUUGCUCAGUUACUGUCCCAAGAUGAUCUUGAGGCCUUGGUGAUGCCUACACUUCGACAAGCAGCAGAAGAUAAAUCCUGGCGAGUUCGCUAUAUGGUAGCUGACAAAUUUUCAGAGCUCCAGAAAGCUGUGGGUCCUAAAAUCACCCUAAAUGACCUCAUCCCCGCCUUUCAGAACCUACUGAAAGACUGUGAAGCUGAAGUCCGAGCAGCUGCUGCCCACAAAGUAAAAGAACUUUGUGAGAACUUGCCUAUUGAAGGUAGAGAGACCAUAAUUAUGAAUCAAAUCUUGCCUUAUAUAAAGGAAUUAGUAUCCGAUAUGAACCAACAUGUCAAAUCGGCUCUAGCUUCUGUAAUUAUGGGAUUGUCUACGAUUUUGGGUAAAGAGAAUACCAUUGAACAUCUUCUGCCUCUUUUUUUAGCUCAGUUAAAGGAUGAGUGUCCUGAAGUUCGUUUGAAUAUCAUCUCCAAUUUGGAUUGUGUAAAUGAAGUGAUUGGAAUCCGACAGCUCUCUCAGUCUCUCCUUCCUGCCAUAGUGGAGCUGGCCAAAGAUGCCAAGUGGAGGGUCCGGCUGGCCAUCAUUGAGUAUAUGCCGCUGCUAGCAGGCCAGCUGGGUGUGGAAUUCUUUGAUGAAAAGCUGAAUUCUUUAUGUAUGGCCUGGCUCGUGGACCAUGUAUAUGCCAUCCGAGAAGCUGCUACCAACAACCUCAUGAAACUAGUUCAGAAGUUUGGUACAGAGUGGGCCCAAAAUACCAUCGUUCCCAAAGUGUUGGUAAUGGCAGAUGAUCCUAAUUACUUACAUAGGAUGACCACUUUAUUCUGCAUUAAUGCACUGUCUGAAGCCUGUGGUCAGGAAAUAACCACUAAGCAAAUGCUGCCCAUCGUAUUAAAGAUGGCAGGAGACCAAGUAGCAAAUGUUCGUUUCAAUGUGGCCAAAUCUCUACAAAAAAUUGGACCAAUUUUAGAUACCAAUGCUUUGCAGGGGGAAGUUAGGCCAGUACUACAGAAGUUAGGUCAAGAUGAAGACAUGGAUGUCAAAUACUUUGCACAAGAAGCUAUCAGUGUUCUUGCGUUGGCAUAAUGAGGAACAGGAGGGAAAAACCUUUACUAAAUUCCUAGCACAGAUUUCUAGUCAAUGUGUCCUUAAAGUAGGUGGAGAGAAAAUGGAAAACCUUCAAGAUAUCAUCCAAACAAAUGGCAACAACUUAGAAGAAAUCAAAUUUCAGUGACUUGGUUCUUUCAAAAGAUGAAACGGGAUUGUUCUUUACUCAUCUUCCCUGUUGGGAUGAUUAUUUAAGCCCAUCUUAUUGACUGGUUCCUGACACGUGGUACAGUCAGCUCUUAAUUGUCUCCUAAUGCUUCAUCUGGCGCCAUCUGGGCUCCUGAAUCCUCACUGGUUCAUCAGACUCUGACUACGGAAUAUUCUGGACAAAGCCCAGAUGGAAUGGGACCCACUCGUGAGUUGAGGGAUUCUCUUGAUGUUUGUGUGCAUCCGUGUGUCUUUCCAUCGUUCCAAAGUUAAAUGCACAUGUUUAGCAUUACUUAUUUUAUACCCUGUCUGUUUGGGAGACAUGUCAAGAUUUGACUGUAGUGAGAGCCGCAUUGUCCUGGAUUAUGGUGAUCUGCAUCAGGGUCUCACAUGAGAGGGGGAUGUGGACGCUCAGGGUCAGUUAUUGGUUGCUUUUUGUUUUUAUUUGCUCGUUCUUGACUAAUCAUGCCAUUUAGAAACCUGAAAUGUGGAUGUGUCUUGCUGCUAAUGUGUGAUGUUGACACCUAAUUUCAACAACUCACCACUGUGACUGCAUUAAAAAAUACUUCUUCACUCCUUUUCCUUGUGAGAAACUUUAGCUUUAGAGCCUUCUAAUAAGCAGUUGUUCUACUGUUUCUUUGUAAGACUGCAGUUUUGUAUUUUGAAUGAGUGUAGGAGCCAUGGGUGUAAGACUAGAUUUCCUACUCUUCACCUGGUUCAGUAACAUCUGGUCUUUGCUAUAUUAUAGCUUUCCAGACUGAAGUUUCAUUGCUAAUUUUUUAGUAUGGGUGAUGCUGGAAUCUUAUCAUUUGAAGUGUUUUUCUACUUUUACAGUAAAACCUCAUUGAUUCUCCAAUUUAAGAUAAUGAGCUAAGUUGAAGAGUUUAUGGAAGCAAAUUAAUAUGUUGUAAGGAAAUCUACUGGAACUACUUAAAUAGUGUUAAAGCCGUCUUCGAAAAGCACCCAUUUAUCAUUUGAUAUGCCAAGUACCAGUCUUUUCAGUCAUACUACAAGACCUUCCAUGAGGCUCUCACAUUUGUUUAGAUGCAUGCAAUUUACUCUUUAUCCUUGAUGUAUUUCACAGAGAAUGUAAGUAUUUUUUCUUUUAAAAUUAUUGACAUUUUUCACCUUAUCAAGCUCCCUUGACUCUAAUGAAUUUUAUUAAUGAGAUUUUACUGUAACUUAUUUUUCUCUCAGUGCCUCUUGCUAUGGAGUUUGCUUCCUUCUGUUUUGGUUUUUGAACAGUUGAUUUUAUUCACAACCUCUUUUAAAUCUAAUGAGCCUUUUUCUGUUUUGCGAAGACCCAAAACGACUCCUGUGAAACUUUGUAAAUUAAGCCGAGUUUAUAGAAAACCAAGUUUUACUACCUACUUUCAUGUUUGUCUUACAUUAGAAAACAGAACAGACAUUUUAAAUCAUAAGUUACCUGCCUGCAUUUUAAACUGCCAAAUUACUUUAUAGUAGUUUCCAUUUUAUGACUUUGGACCAAGGAGUAAAUAUUUUCCUAAGCAAAAAUCUUUUUCUACAUUUUUGCUUUAAUAUCCUAAGCCGAUAUGUUGUAAACAUUUUAAUUUUAGUUUAGUGGUUCUUUACUUGCUAUUACCUGCAAGUUAUGUUUCUUUUCAUUGAGUUCCACAUUUGAAAGACUUUUGUCUUAAUUCUUGAAACAGAUUUGUAUUGAGACCAUUGCAAAUGCCAUUAAUUUGGGGAUAGACUUUUAAAAUGCCCUUUUGUCUCCCCCUCCCCCGGGGAGCCCCAUGCAGUGCCCUCUCUACCCUAAUUCUGUUUGAGGGAGGGGUGGUGAGCUCUUGCUUUUUCAGGCAUGGCUCUUGGAGCUCAGCAGGAUCCCUCUUAUUUGGGGUGAUCCCUCAGGGACUUCAUUGUUUCUCAAUAGGGAAUCUCUCUUACUAGUCUUUAGCAGAAUUGCUUUGGUCCAUAACCUGAUUAUUUUUUCCAUGGAUUGGUUCUCUUAUCUUAAAAAAAAAAUCUUUUUUUAACAUUCCCAGAUCAAGGACUAAAAGUUCUCCCAUCUUGAUUUCACUAAAAUAUAAGCUCUAGGAGCUCUGUAGGGACAGAGAUUUGUAUCUGUUUUGUCUUGUGCGUUACCACCAGUGCCUGAACCAGUGUCUGGUUUACAUAGCAGGUGCUCAAUAAAAACAUUCAAUGAAUAAAUUUCUAAAAUCU